AUGUGGCUGCGGCUCGCCCCGGCCAUGGAGAGGAAUUCCUCAGGGCUGACGCAGGCCGCGCCGGUGAUUGCCUCUGCAGCCGGUCCUGGCAACGUGAUCCGGCUCGAGUUCCGCGAGAUGUUCCGGCUGGAGCCGAGCGAGGGCUGCCAGUUCGACUUCCUGGAGGUGCGCGACGGCCGCUACGGCUACAACGACGUGCUGGACCGCUUCUGCGGGCACCGCGUGCCGCCCAGCGGGGUCAUGUCGUCGGGCCGCUACAUGUACCUGCACUUCCGCUCCGACGACACCAUCGAGUACGAGGGCUUCGCCGCCGUCUACAUGGUGCUGCCCAGGCCCACGCAGAUGUCGCCCUCGCCUGGUCCCGGGCCCGAGCUGUCACCGUGCAUCAUCCCCGUGACGGGAGUCGAGGGGUACGUGAACCGCAGCGACAUCGACCGCCACUGCCCCGAGCGUGUCAACCAGAGCACCCUGUGGCACAGCCCGCUGGAGGGCAUGUGGGUCAUCAAUGUCACUGUUGGCUGGAAGAUCCAGUUGGCGUUCCUGGUGUUCAAGCUAGACAAGCCCAACGACUGCAACCAGAACUUCGUGCAGGUGUUCAAGGACAACACGGACAUGCCGUCGCGGCUGAGCGAGUUCUGCGGCGCCAAGGCGGAGACCGUGCUGUCCGAAAACAACGUGAUGCACGUGCGGUACUGGGCGACCUCGCAGGCCAUCAACGCUACCUUCGACUCGCUCUUCACCGCCUACCGCGAAGGCAACAAGAAGCCCUGCCUGGAUGACGAGUUCGACUGCCAGGACGACACGUGCAUCUCGCGGACGCUGCGCUGCAACAACCGCAUCAACUGCCGCUUCCUCUGGGACGAGGAGAAGGAGGAGUGCAAGAAAUCGGUGAGCAUGAUGAAGGAGAUCCUGAGCUCUGACCACAUCAUCAUCAUCCUGGUGAUCUUCUGCCUGAUCUUGUCCGGCAUGUGCUUCGCGUUCCUUUACAACUGCACCCGGAAGCUCGUCAGGGACCACCGCAUCAUCAGGCGGCACAGCCUUCAGUGCGUGACGUCACAGAUCUGCUCUGGCCUACAGGAGCAUGUGCGCGCGUCACGGGAGGCGCGCCUCGACGCUGCCGGCAAGUCGACGCCCGGCGGAUCGUCGCCGCGCGCGCGCUCCGCCCCCGACGACUGCUAUGUGCCGGCGGCGGGCGGGCUGCUGCCUAUGCUGCUGCGGGACACGCCCCCGGACACCCAGCUGCCGCCCCCGCCGCCCCUCAACGGCGACGCCGUCUUCCUACGCGACGGCCGCCACCGCGACGGCUCCAGCUCCUCGCCCCGCCUCUUCGACGACGACGACGAUGAAGAAGACGACGACGGGAUGGAGCAGGACGAGGUGGACCUGUGCGACUUCCUGGCGCCGCAGCCCGAGACCCGCGACAACGAGUGCCAGACGCGCGAGAGCCUCUUCCUGACGGCGAGCGUGACCACGGCCACGAGCACCACCUCGCCCAGCUCC